AUGCAUUCGACUCUCGUGUCCGGAUGGACUGUGACCAACAUUGGUCCUUUGACAACGACCUACACGGCGCCACCGUCCUGUUCGACAGAUUAUUCCUACGUCCAAGUCGGACAGCGAUGGACUUUUUCAGACACCAAUGCCACUUCAGUCGUGCCCGUGGGCAUCUCAUGCGACCAACCCUACCCAACAAUUGGAAGCUGCCUGCCGUCAGGCGCAAAGCUCGACGAGGACUACAGUUCGAUAGGCACCGACGUGGUGCAGACGGGUUACACGCUCGGGUACUAUUCCCCGGGCCUGGCCUGCCCGUCUGGCUGGGACACCGUCGGCGUUGCGACCAAGACCGAGGGAGGCUCCAUCACGAGCUCCGGCGUAGGGUUUGCUAGCCCUUCGCCGCUCGACGAUGAGGACCUCUCCUACGUCCAGAAUGUGGGCCCGAAUGUCGUUCUGGCUGGGAUGGACGAUGGUGACGCGGCUGUAUUGUGUUGCCCAAGCUCAUUCACUGCCGACCCUUUGGGGAGAUGCACUUCUCUUGUGCCAACCUAUAGCGUCCCCCCGGAGUACUGCAGGAGGAUCGUGGCUGGGGAUGCCGGCGGUGAUUUUGUCAACACAACUCUCAGCAUUUGGGGCACCACCUUAACCGGGUCGGCAUUCACAGUCACGGGGACCGGCACUAUCACAACCGAGACCAUGACGCUUGAGACCCCUGUAGAGGACUAUAUUGGCGUUUCAGCUGUAGAGAUGCUGUAUCUGGUCCAUGAUGCUACGGAAACCGCUGGGGCUACUGGUACAUCUUCGCCGACGUCGUCUUCCACUUCGUCUCCGUCCUCGGCUGCUUCAGCGAACUCUAGGAACCCGCAGCUGGCGUCUGUUGCACUCGUUGUUUCGACGGUGGUUGUUGCUUUCACGUCGGGCUUCAUGUUGCUGAUGGCUUGA